AUGAGCGAAAAAAAUGAAGAUCAACAGCUUCUAGCGGAUGCCUCCACUCUUCUCAUGUUUGCCACAGCAGCGGCGCGGCAGGCAUCUCCGGGAACGGGUCUGCCUGGCUCAGCCUCGGAGUCGCAGCCCUCUGCUGCUGUUGCUGAUUCGCCUGCUGCUGUAACUUCUGAGAAACGAACGAGCCUGGUUUCUGAGCGAACUCCUCUCCACAGUGCUGGCUCGGCCAAUUCGGCAAUGCUGGCGUAUCCUGUGGCAUCUACAUUUGUAACACUGUCUCUGCUGGCGACUGAGCCUCAACCUCUUCUCCCGCCUAUGCAUGCUGAAGCAGCCGUUCCGACAACCCGGCUACAACCGUACCCAGAGCAGGGACUUCAUCCUCCAUAUGUUUCCCAGCACGCCUUUCCUGGCCAUGUUCCUGCAAACGCACCGGCGCAGCAAAUGUAUCCAGGACCUAAUGUGGAGUAUAAGAUGCCACCCAUCCAUCCACAGUAUCCGUAUGGCGUAGUGCGCCAACAUCCGCAAUUGCCAGAGGGUCACCAACAAAUGCCUGUUGUUGCCCCUGAGUAUGGUCCUCCUGAAGCCACAUUCAGAACUAGGUACCGCACUCUCUCGCCCAAGGAUGUCAGCUCGGCCUCAGACCCAGCCCAAAAGUUGAAUUUAUCACCAAGGUAUGCAAAUGUACCAGUACAAGGAACAUUUCACCUGAUACACAAGAGAACUUCUUCCGAGGGGUCCCACCAGUACCGGCACCAGCCUGUCUCAAACCACAGCCCUCCUGCUAGCCUAAACGUCGCCCUAGCGCGUGGCAUCAACGUAGAGUCUCGAGAGAGAAGAACAGACAAUGCCAAGAUUGCGGCAGCAGCAUUAGCAGCAGCGGCAGACAUUCCUUUACCUUUGAGAAGAAAUUCUGAUCUGAAAAAGACAGAUUUGGAACUUCAUGAUAUCAAAAAGGAAGACCCAUCCGCCACAGAUGUUGAAUUGGAUGAGAAUAAAACUGAUAUCGAACCCGAAUCCGAGACCGGAGAGUCUGUGAAAAACGAGCCUCUUCCGCCUCACAUCAGUCUCGAAACCAAAACACAAAAGCUGGGCGGACGGAAAAGUACAGGCAGGACGUCUGCGAAGGCGUCAAAAGAUUCUCCGGAUUCUUUCAUAUGUCCUCCCUUAGCUUCUUACAAAGUUGAACCUGAUGCUGGUAUCAUCGGAUGCAUUUGCGAAAUCAACGAAGAUGAUGGAUUUACAAUCCAGUGCGAUAUUUGCUUCAGAUGGCAACAUUGCUCUUGCAUGGGGUUUAAGACAAGUGACGAAGUUCCAGAGGAUGAGUAUAAGUGCUAUUACUGUGACAAGAAUAAGUGGAACAAAUUCGAUGCCUCAAUUUGCAGAGCGGAGACAGCCCGCAGGCUUGAGAGCGAAAAUCAGAAUGAACCUGAGCCACCGACACCUAAACGCAAAACUCUGAAUGGAGGAAAUGAUGAUUCCAGAAAGCGCCGUCGUUCUGAAAAAGAUGCCAAGGUUCCUGCUGAACGAGUAGCCAACGAAAAGCGCAAAUCCACUGCAAAUUUAUUAUCUACUGCAUCCCCUAACACUAGUGCUGUCAUUGCAUUUGAGAUCAAUAAUAAGGACAAUCCGCUUUUGGAGGAUGGUGUCACUGCUGAAUCAUACCAGAGUAUUUACUAUAAACUCACUGAAAAUGAUUUCAAGACCACUGAUGUCAAACUUGAAUUGCAAAAAUUUGGGUCAUCUGUACUGGAGUUGUUAAGUAACUCCAGUCCCAUUGAAAAGAUGUCAAGUUCCCAAUUUGAAACAAUCAGGCUAUGUUAUAUGAUUCUUCCAAAUCUUCAGAAACAGGCUCAAGAGAAAGGUGAUUACAGACGGGGUAAGGGCUUCAAUAAAUUUUCUCUCAGAGUUAAACCUUACAGCGAGAAUCCGAAGCAAAAGUUUGCGGGCAUUUCCAAAGAGAGUCUUUAUAUUACAGAUAUGAACCCGCUUCGAGGAGGCGAAAAUGUCGUGCCAGUGGGUACUCCAAUCAUUGAGUACUUGGGAGAACUAGAUUUUCUCGAGCUGUACAUGAGAAAUAGAGUCAACCAGUACUCGGUUUGGGGUACUAUGAAACCCAAGGUUGUGAGAAUUGACCUAGCCCUGUCCUCAGAUAAUGAAUCUGUUUCGAUUGUGAUUGACUCUCGAUAUGAAGGUAACGAGUCUCGGUUCAUUCGCAAAUCGUGUUCCAGAACGGCCAACUGUGAGAUCAAACCCGUGUAUAUCUCUGACCUUAACACAUUCAGAUUUUUGAUCGUCACGACUCGUCCCAUUGAGCUUAAGGGAGAAGAUCUUGAGGAAGAGCUAAGACUCAACUGGGAAUGGGAUGAUUCCCAUCCCAUAAAAGACAUGCUCAAAACAGGAAUAGACGGCGAUGUUAAAGAAAACAAAAAGUUCGAUGAUUUCAAUGAAGAAGAAAAGAACAUUCUUGUGACUGGGGUCAACACAAUGUUAAACUUUGUUGAAUGUGCUUGUAAUACUACUGCUGUCAAUUCUCAGUGUCCAAUUUUCAAGGUCAAAAAAGCCACCUCGUACCUAUUACGAUCUACUCGCAAGGCAUCCAGUCUCAUCAACACGUCUUCAAACAAGUCUAAAGACGACUUGGUGCUUCCAACAAACAGACGACAAUUUGUAUCAUGGCAAGAAAGAUUGAAACAGCGAGAGAACGCUCUUCUGGUUCAGUAUUUUGGCAUACAGGAGAAGAACGAAGAUGACCUUAUUCAAGAUGAUGCUGUUGACUCUGAAACUCUGAACGAAGUGAAAGAAGGGCAUUUGAGCGUUAAUACGCGGGAAACGAAGAUCCCACCUCGUGUGAAGAUAUUGACCCAAAGCAAGAAGUUCGGAGUAAACAGUCCGAAAGUAGUGCCUGGUUCUCAAUCAGAAAUAGGACCAGAAAUUGUUUUGGAUUCUUCAAAAAUUUCAGUGCCGCUAACGAAUGAUGUUCUUGCAAGUAUCCGAGAGCAAGUUAUGCAAGUCCUUAGACCAGCAAAAGAGCCGUCACAGAAUGAUCGCUCGCCCAAAAUUCAGACUGAUAGUAAGCCAGCUCAUGAAAUCACAACACCUCUUGUAUCAAAACCAGCUCAUUCAAAGGAAAAUUCUCCGUUGGCCACGCAAUCGGAACAGAAAGAAGCUUCUAUUACAGAGCAUAAGCCACUGGUGGUGAAAAAGCUCUCUUUUGCAGACUACAAGAAGAAAAUGAAGUAA